CCUACAACCCACCACACCACCAUGCCCUCCAACGAACACACCUCACUCCUCAACCCCAGCACCACAACCACAACCACAACCCGCCGCCACCCCCGCAAUAACACCAUGUACUGGACCCUAGCCUGCAUCUACGGCGCAUCCGCCGUCGGCCUCGGCGCCUUCGGCGCCCACGGCCUGAAGAAGCUCAUCUCGGACCCCACCAAAGUCGCCAACUGGGCCACCGCCGCCCACUACCAGCUCGUGCACUCCGUCGCCCUGCUCCUCGCCGCCCAGGCCCAGAACCCCGUCUCCGGCCUCCUGUUUACCACCGGCAUGACCUUCUUCAGCGGGAGCUUGUACCUGCUCGUGCUGAACCCGGCGCGCUUCCGGUUCCUCGGCCCCGUGACGCCGCUUGGUGGGCUGUGUUUGAUUGGCGGCUGGGUUGCGCUUGCGCUAAAGUAAAGAGAGGGGCUAAGACGCCUCGUAUACCCCGCCCGUUUCGGCUCAUGAUGCUGUAGUCUUUUGCGAGAGGGUGGUCGCAGGAGGAAGAGUAGUUACGGGUAGCCGGGCUGCCUGUAUGAGUGUGAUCUCGUUGUAGACGUAACGGCCACCCCCAAAUAACUAGCAUCGCCACUCCGUAUGAGCAAGAAUCUACCUUUUGUUGCACAUCUCUCCUAUACCCAAGAGUUGAUUGUGAAGUUACACAUCUGUUACCCGCUAAAAUUCAACUCAUAGACUUCACGCCGUUUGGAAAACUUACGCAACGCGAUUUUUACCUUGAGGUAUUCCUCUUAAACUAUCCGUAUACUUACAGACGGUCCCAAUAAUCCUUGCCAUUAGCAAAACGUUAUUCACA